CGUACGGCGGGCGUGGCCAUUCAGACGUGGAUUGCAGCCAUUGGUGUCUUCCUGGACUCCCUGAUACCUGGAACCACCUUCUCUAUGCUUCUCUAUUUAUGUGAUGGCAAUAUACGAUCACCUCGUACGUACUUACAUAUUACAUAUAUGUCUUUUUCAGCAUCUGCAGUUCUGCCGACAUGCUAAAGAUCCCUGAACAUCAAGUUGCAGGGCAUCAAGCGCACGGCGGGAAGCUGGGACCCCUCGUAGACGAUUCUGGCCUCUUCUACAAGCCUUUGCAGGGUGGCGAUCGUGGGUCCCACGAGGUUGCGUUCUACACAUCGUUCUAUUCAAACCCUAAGAUCCCGCCCCAUAUUCGGCGGUUCUUCCCCAAGUUCCAUGGAACUCAGGUCCUCGAGGCAUCAGAUGGUUCCGGCCUACUAUCCCAUCUAGUUCUGGAAGACCUCACUCUGGCCAAAUCCAAUCCGUCCAUAAUGGACAUCAAGAUCGGGUCGAGGACGUGGCCCCCACACGAAUCCUCGGAGUACAUUGAGAAAUGCUUGAAAAAGGACCGCGAGACAUCCAGCAUCAGCUUAGGUUUCAGGCUGUCGGGGUUGCAAAUGUACGUGCCCAAAGAAACCGGGUUUUGGAAGCCCGAAAGGAAAUCGGUUCAGAACCUCUCUGCAUCAGAGGCUGGCUUAGUUCUAAGGAAGUUUGUAUCUUCAAACACUUCAUCCGAUUGCUCCUUCGCGUCAGCCGUAUAUGGUGGGCCCCACGGGAUUUUAUCCUCGCAUGGCGCAACCAUCAAGAUGAUUGAUUUCGCGCACGUGGCGGACGCUGGAGAAAGGGAAACAAAGUUUCAAUUCGUCCCCGUGAAAGGGUUUAGACUGGAUUUUGGAAUGGGGAUGCAGUGUAGCUUUCGUCGGAAAAUGUUCACUUCUUCAUCCCAUUUAACUCCCAUUAAACUCCCAUCUCCAAAAGAAGCACAUUUUUGGUAUGUAAAACCCAAUGAAGUGAAGAGUGAGGCACUUUUGAAACAAUACAUGGAAAUUCUCUCACCAACUGAGAAGGAAAAAGUGCUGCAUUUGGGUGGAGAUGAGCACAAGAAAACUGCUCUGGUUGCACGGGCAUUGGUUAGAACUACCAUAGCCAGAUACCAGAUAGAUUCUCAUGUCGAUCCGAGUUCUUUGAAGUUUAGAAAGAACAUCCACGGGAAGCCAGAGGUAGAAUGGCAACACAUUGAUCAUUGGGAGUCACCUCCAUUGCAUUUUAACAUCUCACACACCAAUUCUCUUGUCGCAUGCGGUGUUACUGCUGAUUCUCCUAUUGGUAUCGAUGUUGAAGAAAAGCAAAGGACUGUAACAAACAACAUUUUGAAUUUAGCAAGAAGAUACUUCUCCCAGCACGAAUAUGAAUUUUUAAAUUCUAUCAUUGAUUCCCAACUUCGGCACCAGGAAUUUAUAAAAUUAUGGACCCUGAAGGAGGCAUAUGUCAAAGCUCUAGGUGUAGGGUUCUCUGGAGCUCCCUUCAAGACAUUUUCCGUUCGCUUUGAAAACUCUGCCAAAGGAAGCCCUCAUCCCUCUUUGAAUUCAGGUUACAAGGCAUUUGACAUAACAGUGGAUGAUUACCGUGACGAUCGCCAGAAAAUCCCAAGUAAUUGGCAGCUUGCCCUUAUUGAGCUAGAUGGUUCUCACUAUGCUGCCAUAUGCACCAAAAAAGAUUGUCCAAAAACUACAGGUGAGGUUAGUGACUCAAUGAAGAUGAAAGUUUGGAAGACAGUUCCAUUUUUGGAAGACGUAUGUGUUUCCGGAACGGAUGCCGUUGCAGAAGUUAAUGGCUUGGCAUAAGGGUGUGUUUGGUUGGAGGGGAUGGAAAUUGAUUCCCCCUUGUUUGGUUUGAAACACCUUUAUAAAAUUUGAAACUCAAAAACUUCCCUUCCCAACCUCUCCCCUCUCCUACAAAAAAUGGUUAUGUGAACU